AUGAUGUCUAGCAGCUUGCGCGCUCUUGCGGCGGUGCUGCUUCUCCUCCUUCCUUCCGUCAGCGCAUGGGGUAUCGCAGGACAUCAAAUCGUGGCAACCAUCGCGCAGACUCAGCUUCAUCCUGCUGUUCGAGAGCAGCUUUGCUCGAUCUUGCCCAACUCCACUCAGUACCCAUCCUACUGGCCGAAGUCCGAUGGCAACCGUCCCAACACGCACUGCCAUCUUGCCGUCUUAGCCGGAUGGCCCGACACAAUUCGCUCUCGGUAUCCCUGGAGCGGUCAACUUCACUAUGUCAACCCCAUCGAUGACCACCCACCCAGCAAAUGCUUCUACGGCGAGACCGGCUGGACUUCGGACAACAAUGUGCUUGCUUCUCUCGUCAACUACACUUCACGAGUGGUGACCGAAUCAGGAUGGGAACGGGACAUGGCAUUGCGAUUCAUGGUUCAUCUGUUCGGUGAUGCGCAUCAACCACUUCAUCUCACAGGACGAGCUCGGGGUGGGAAUGACAUCUGGGUGCAAUUCGAGGGUAGAAAAGCCCGUCUGCAUACGGUGUGGGAUACUUUGCUUAUUCAAAAGCAGAUUCGCGAGCUGUCCAACUACACAACGCGUUUCCCUUCAGGUCGCAUUGAAAGUGCGCUCGUCGGAGCGAGAUACGACCCUUUGAUUCGACAGAUUCUCAAGGAGGGCUUGGGUCAGCCUUCGAUGCGUGGUCAGUCUCAAGCUGGUUGGUGGAAGCAAGAGUCAAAUGGCUGGUCUGCCUGUGAGCGUCACGGACAGCGAGUGGAUCCGUUGCUGCAAGACGGAGAGCAAUUAGUCUUUGCCACCCACAUUAAGGACCCACGCUCGGCCGAUGAUACGGAUCUGCCAAUUUGUCCGUAUGAGUGGACCAAGCCUAUGCACUCUUUGGUAUGCGACUAUGCGUUCGCAUCACCAGUGCCUGCGUGGGAGUCAGCUCCUCCUCGCAACUCUGCGGAGGGCGGACACACUCCUCCCCCGACACCGGUGCCGGAACCUGAACUGGACGUGCCUGAAUACGUUGGUCGUAUCGAACGCGACAGGGUCAUUCACAAGCAACUCGCAAAGGCAGGUCUGCGUCUUGCUGCGGUUCUCAACACUCUGCUUCUGCCGGCUGAUGCAGACUCGCACUACUCAGACUGA